UGUGUUAGUUUAUAUGCAUAUGUGCAUUCUGAGUAUGUGUAGUGGUGACCUUGUAUUUCUGAUCUUUUAGAGAAGGAAUCAAGUUCUGUAGGAAAGUGUCAAGUCUCCUAUUGUCCCUUCUGCUGUAGUUUCUUGUUGCUAUGGCCCCUCGGUAUAGCGGUCUACAGAUGCCCAUAUUUCUACAUGGUGAAUGAAAUCCUUCCAGUGGCUGUGGCUCUAAACACAAGAAGACUGACUUCUAAACCCUCAUGUUGUACAAGGAAGAACCUGGGAGGAGGAGAAGAAAGAGGAAAUAAAAAGAUCCAGAAAUGGCUGUCGCUCAGGGACAGUUGACAUUCAGUGAUGUGGCCAUAGAGUUCUCUCAAGAGGAAUGGGACUGCCUAGACCAUGCACAGAGGGCUUUGCACAGGGAUGUCAUGUUGGAGAACUACAGCAACCUGGUCUCCCUGGGAAUGACACUUCAAAGUCUGAAUGCUGUGUCUAAGUUGGAACAAAACAAAGGACCCUGGACCGUGGAGAGUGAGGCAAUAAUAACCAGAAAAUCAAAUGUACAGGAAUAUGCCAUAGCUAUGAAUGCAGAAAAUAUUGAUUGUAUGGAAGCUAAGUCCAUCAGCAACGGCUCUUCAAUUUUGUCCUCUGACAGAAUUUUUCUUAGUGGUGACAAAGCACCCUUUGUUCAUGAAUAUGAUGUUUAUUCUUCACUACUUAUGAAAGGACAGAAAGCAGCCAUUAAGGAAAAACCUUAUCAAUGUAAUGAAUGUGACAAGGUCUUCCGUUAUACUUCUUCUCUAGCAUAUCAUCGGCAAAUUCAUACUGGAGAGAAACUUUACAAAUGUGUUGAGUGUGGUAAGGCUUUUUUUCGACGUUCUUACCUUUUGGUACAUGAGAGGCAUCAUUCUGGAGCGAAACCUUACAAAUGUAAUGAAUGUGGUAAGGUCUUCAGUCAGAAUUCACACCUUAAAAGUCACCGAAGAAUUCAUACUGGUGAGAAGCCAUACAAAUGUAAUGAUUGUGGCAAAGCCUUUAGUGUUCGUUCAAACCUAACUCACCAUCUGGUAAUCCAUACUGGAGAUAAACCUUAUAAAUGUAAUGAGUGUGGCAAGGUCUUCAGUCAAACCUCAAGCCUCACGAUCCAUCGAAGGACUCACACUGGAGAGAAACCUUAUAGGUGCAAUGAGUGUGGGAAAGUAUUCAGUUCACAUUCAAACCUAAAUACCCAUCAGGCAAUCCAUACUGGAGAAAAACCCUACAAAUGUUCAGAGUGUGGCAAGGUCUUUACUCAGAAUUCACAUCUUGCAAAUCACUGGAGAACACAUACAGGAGAGAAACCUUACAAGUGUAACGAGUGUGGGAAAGCCUUUAGUGUGUAUUCCAGCCUCACUACCCAUCUGGCAAUCCAUACAGGAGAAAAACCCUACAAGUGUGAAGAAUGUGGCAAGGUCUUCACUCAAAAUUCACAUCUUGCAAAUCAUCGUGGAAUUCACAGUGGGGAGAAGCCUUACAAGUGUGAAGAAUGUGGCAAACACUUCAAUCAAACUUCAAAUCUUGCAAGACAUUGGAGGGUUCAUACUGGAGAGAAGCCUUACAAAUGCAGUGAAUGUGGCAAAGCUUUUAGUGUGCGUUCUAGCCUGACUUCCCAUCAAGUAAUCCACACUGGAGAAAAACCUUACAAAUGUGCUGAAUGUGGCAAGGUCUUCAGUCAAACUUCAAGCCUUUCAAUCCAUCAGAGAAUUCACACUGGAGAGAAACCUUACAGGUGCAACGAGUGUGGGAAAGCCUUUAAUUCACAUUCCAACCUAAAUACCCAUCAGGUAAUCCAUACUGGGCAAAAACCCUAUAAAUGUCUGGAAUGUGGCAAAGUGUUUACACAAAAUUCACAUCUUGCAAAUCAUCACAGAACCCAUACAGGAGAGAAGCCUUACAAAUGUAAUGAGUGUGGCAAAGCCUUCAGUGUGUAUUCAAGUCUGACCACCCAUCAGGCAAUCCAUACUGGAGAAAAACCUUUUAAGUGUAAUGAAUGUGGUAAGGUCUUCACUCAAAAUUCACACCUAGCAAGUCACCGGAGAACUCAUACUGGAGAAAAACCUUACAAGUGUAGUAAGUGUGGUAAAGCCUUUAGUGUGCGUUCAAGCUUGACUACCCAUCAGGCAAUCAUUCUGGAGAAAAACCUUACACAUGUAGUGAAUGUGGCAAAGUCUUUAGUCGAAGUUCCAACCUUGCAAGUCAUCAAAGACUUCAUGUUGAACAGAAAGUUAUGUCAAUAUAGCAAGGUCUUCAGGCAUGAUUCACUUCUUGCACAACAUCCAGGAAUCCAACCCUAAGAAAAUAUUGGUAUUGUGUUAAUGAUAAGUACCCAUCAUGAGUUCAAAUAUGUCAUUGGAUGUCCUGGUAUGCAUGUACAACCACACACUUUCUAAGGUGUUGUAGGACCACUGUCUGCCCGGGAUAUAUAGGAAAAAUGUGAUUUAAAAUUAAAAAUAAUGGACUGGAGAGAUGGCUCAGCGGUUAAGAGCACUGGCUGCUCUUCCAGAGGUCCUGACUUCAAAUCCCAGCAACCACAUGGUGGCUCACAGCCAUCUGUAAUGGGGAUCCGAUGCCUUCUUCUGGUGUGUCUGAAGACAGCAACAGUGUAUUCAUAUACAUUAAAUAAAAUCUUUAAAAGAAUUAAAAAUAAAUCAAACUCUUAUAGACACAUAUCGUAUUAAGAAGACAUUUCAAACAUGUAGAGAAGAUGCUUCAGGAUAUGAUUCCCUCUAUAAACAUCAAAAUGCACAUUGUUGAUGAACUCAUCUAGCUUGCACUUACUGAGAAUGCUAUUUAAUGACUAUUACAGUAAAGGGUGAAUGGAAGGAAUUACUCAGCCUCUUGUUUUCAUGGCUAGUCUCUCAUGUUACGUUCCACAGAAUAAUUGCUAGUUACUGAACAAUUAGCUAAAAACUUGCUAAAACACAAUAUAUUUGAAAGGUGGAAGGCAUUUGAUAUUUGCCUUCAGUAUUCAUAUACUCAUUUAUUUAUGGUCCUUGCAAAAUCUGCUUUGCCAUUUAUGAUUGUUAUCUGCAACUUUCUGGUGAUGCAAUACCUGCCUCAGGGCAUUUUAUUGCAGCCUCUGGAAAAAACAGAAUAGUCACAUUAGUAGGAAAGAAUCAUGUCUGGUUCUGAGAAUGACUCCAUUCCACGUUUUGAAUUAAGUACUGACUAAGUUAUUUUUCUAAUUUGUGUUUAGUUUUUGUAUUAAAUUUCAUGACUAAAGCUAAUGUGGGGAGAAAAGGGUUUAUUUCAUCUUAUGUGUUAUAGUUGAUCAACAGAAGUCAGGGUAAGAGUUUGAGUAGGAACCUGGAAGCAGGGAAUAAGGAAGACAAUGGAGAAAUAAUACCUGCUGGCUUGCCUUUCAUGGCUUAGCUUUUUUGUACAACCCAGGACCACCUACCAAGGGAUGGCACUGCCUAAAGCUAUCUAGGCCUCUUAUGUCAAUCAUUAAUAAAGAAAACGCUUGACAGAAAUUUUCAGACCAGACUGAUGGAUGUGAUUUCUUAAGUGUCCCUCUUCUCUGGUAACUCUAGUUUGUGGCAAGUUAAAAAGAUAUAACCAGAUCAUUUAUCAUCUGAAAGGGACAGGAUAUUGUAAAAUUACAAUGUAAAGUUAUCAAGUUUAUUGUGUAUGAUAGGGGCAUUCUGUGGGGCAGAAGCAAUUAGGUUGGAAAGAAAUGAUCUACCAUCUGAUCAUGAGGUACAAAAGCUGCCACAAAAUUUGGAUACUGCAUUUUUUAUGAAAUACACUUUGUCAAAUAACUGCAGAAGACAUAGUAAACGUGUAUAUUGGAUGAUAACAGGUUUCAUGUAGGAAAUAAUAAUUUUUCCUACUUUUAAAAUUAAAGUGAGAAACACCAUUAGGAUGGAAAAUUUAACCCCAAAAUGUGUAGGACUGUGUGUAUAGCUAGUGGAGAAGCACUUGUGUCAUGCAUGUCAGGCCCCAAGUCCAAUGCUCAGCAGCACCAAAAGUAAAAAUUCCACACAAUGUUUCUUAAGAGUGACAUCAUUUAACUACUGUUGUUAAGUUUUCCCACUGUCUUGUUCAAAACAUCACUAAUCAAACUUUUAGCUAAUGAAAUUAAAGGUUUUAUUUUCCAAU